CACAAACUCUCUCUCUGCAUUUCUCCGCGAAAUCAUUAAUCAAAUAAAAUCCAUCUCUCUCGUCUCUAAGAUUUGGUCACUGUGACUGUAAAUUUAUGCUUUUCUCGUUUUAAAGAUUUGCUUUUUAUUUGAUUCCGGAGUUUUAAAUCAAGAAGACAAGAACCUUUUUUUAUAAAUCACGGAUCUUUCGUUUUAUAUAUAUCCGUUGGAAAAUAAGAAUAAAAAAUCACCGCUUUUGAUUUCUCUCCUCUUAAGGGGUUUUAGGUUGUAGGUGUGUUUGUUUCUUUCUCUGGGUUUUAGAGUAUUUGGCACUUAUCUCUUUUUGGGUUGUGUUUCUUUUGAAGAACAGGAACAAUUAAAAAGGCGUGAUUUUUUUGGGUCUCUGAGCUAGUAGAAAUCGGAAUACCAAAAGGCGUUUUGUAAACGCGACGCGGCUUUAUGUCUGCUUUGUCUGAAUCGGCUGUGAUUUCGUCUCUGUUUCUAGUCUCCUUAACGAUUCAAUCGUCUCCUUCCUCGUCUGUCUUGUUCUUUGGUCUGACUCUGACCGCUGUUCUCAACGCUCUUCGCUUCUGCUCGAAACAGAGGCUUAUUCUUGAGGUUCCUUCCAUUUCCAUGGGCUUAAGACUCAAAAGGACUUGUUCUGGCGUUGAAGUAUUUGGGGGUUUUCACGAAAAGCAAAAAAUACCCUUUUUCAUAGUUCGCUGAAACAGAAGCUUGAAAGUGUCUUAUCUGAUUCAGCAGUUUUGAUCAGAGAUUUUGAGUGUUGGUUUUUGCUGUUUUCUUGGUGUGUUUUUGAAUUGUGUGGAUCAGAUAUGAAGUCUUCUGUGAAACCUAAGAGAUUGUUGAGAAAAGUCAGUGUUAUUGUCAGUGAUCCUGAUGCUACUGAUGAUUCCUCUGGCGAUGAAUGGCUUGGUAUACCUAAACCUAGAAAGGUAAAGCGUAUUGUCCAUGAGAUUACUUUCCUAUCUCAAGACUCUGAGAUUUCUCAGGAUGGUGUCAAAACGUCUAGAAAGAUACCUCCUAGGCAAGCUAAGUAUCCUGUGGGAGUUAGGCCGAGGCCAUCAGGCAGAUUUGCUGCUGAGAUUAUGAACCCAAUCACUAGAACUAAGCAAUGGUUGGGUACUUUUGGAACUCCUGAAGAAGCUGAGAAGGCUUAUGUUGCCAAGAAGGUUGAGUAUGAUGCAUUUGUCUCUUGUCGUUCUUCUGUUUCUUCAUCGGUUGUAUCAGUGACUAGUCAGUGCUUGCGUUCUCCUGCUUCUGCUUCUGUUUCUUGUGUCAGUGUUGAUGAUUUGUCUGAAGAAAAGACGUCUCUGAACAAAGAUGUUGCUGCGUCUGGUGAUUCUGCCAAGGAAGUGUUUGCCAAUUUCGACUUUUCGGAUCUGCAAAUCCCUGAUCUGAGCUUCUUAUCAGCAGAAGAGGAUAUUAUGGUUUCUGGUGCAAAUGAUGCGGGACUAGACUUUGAGCGCUUCCUUAAUGCCGACUCUGACCAUCUGCUGGAUGAUUAUUACUCUUUGCUCGAUAAGGAUAUCAACCUCAGCGGGUUUGAAAACAGCGUUCCUAGUGAGCUACCUGACUGUGAUUUCACUGAUAUGGAACUCGAGUUUGGUGAUUUGAAGUUUGCCUAUGCCGAUCAACUCGCGCCGCCUCUCAACAUUGCUUUCGAAGAAUAAGAGUCAAUUUCUAUCAAGACAACAUACUGCGAAAGCUCGGUCUACUGUACAACUUGUUAGCUUUGUUUUCUGUUUCCCAUAACCAUGAUGAAGAAGCUACAAAGUAUGAUCCUUGCGGUCUGAUCUCCUUUGGAUUUUUCAUUUGCUUUUAGAGAGCAGUCCUAAGGGAGUGUUUUGCUCACGAUUUGGAUGUUGGUUUCACUUUCUUCAAUCUUUAUGUUUUUUUUCUAUUUCCUUGUAUGCGUUGUUCUUUGUUAGUUUUCGUAUAUCUUUGGUCUCUUCUUGUCCUAUCUUUUUCUCUUGUAAUGUUGUCUAUUCAGGAAAUAAAUUCUAGCCCCUGAGAGAUUCUACAGAGUGGGAAUCUAAGUUAUGAGUUGAAUUUAA